AUGGACCACCCACAAGUCUGUAUUAUCCCUGGAGCGUCAGCCUUCUCAGAAUUUCGACGUCAGGCUCUAGCCUCCAACAUUGGUGCUCGCGACGUUCAGGGACGAUAUAUUCACUAUGUUGAACUUGUGGAAUCCCUUGAAUCUGAGAGCCAUGCCCUCUUGGAAAAAUUGUUGACCGACGGUCACCAUGUAGAUGCACAAGAAAAGGAAGACGAAUCUUCCACUGUCCUUUAUGUCCUCCCUCGACCGGGCACUAUUUCUCCUUGGAGUUCCAAAGCCACCAAUAUUGCUCAUGUUUGUGGGCUUCAGAAGGUCGUCCGCCGAAUUGAAAGAGGCGUCAAGAUUACAGUAUACCUUGACGAUGGACAAUCUCUGGGCGCCUCAAGCCUUGACUUCCUCCAUGACCGGAUGACAGAGACUAUCUCGGAAAAUGAACCCGACCUCAACCUCUUAUUUAUGCACCACCAACCUGGCCUAUUGGGUACAUAUGAACUGUACAAUGGUGGACAGACUCCCUCGGAGAUACUUCAAGAUUUGAAUCGCAAGCUUGGCCUUGCACUCGACGCUUCAGAGAUCCAGUACCUUGUUGAAGCCUAUUCGAAGGACGGACCAGUCCCGAGAAAGCCUACAGAUGUUGAACUAUUUAUGUUUGCUCAGGUGAACUCAGAACACUGUCGGCACAAGAUUUUCAACGCGAGCUGGACCAUUGAUGGAAAACCCAAGACUAACACCCUGUUUGGUAUGAUCAGAAAUACGCACAAACAGACCCCUGAAGGUACCAUCAGCGCAUAUAGCGACAAUGCUGCUGUACUGAAAGGCAGCAAUGGGAGUCAGUGGGCACCCGAUGACAUAAACGGCCAGUGGAAAGCGACAAAAGAAGCCGUACAUUUCCUCGUCAAGGUCGAGACCCAUAAUCAUCCUACCGCUGUGUCUCCAUUUCCGGGAGCGGCGACCGGUUCGGGAGGUGAAAUCAGGGACGAAGGAGCAACAGGAAGAGGAGCAAAACCCAAAGCUGGUCUCUCAGGAUUCUGCGUAUCAGAUCUACUGAUACCGGAUCACCGCCAGCCGUGGGAACUCGACUAUGGUAGGCCUAGUCACAUCGCUAGCAGCCUAGACAUUAUGCUUGAAGCACCCAUUGGAAGUGCAGCCUUCAACAACGAGUUUGGUAGGCCAUGCACUGCAGGGUAUUUCAGGACAUUGCUGGUGGAAAUGAGAACGGGCAAAGACUCUGCAGAAAUCAGAGGUUACCAUAAGCCUAUCAUGAUUGCAGGGGGGGUGGGCACUGUUCGACCUCAGCAUGCUCUCAAGGACCCUGAGAUCGUCAAAGAUGGUGCGUUUCUGAUUGUCAUGGGUGGACCAGCCAUGCUGAUCGGGUUGGGAGGAGGCGCCGCAUCGAGUGUCAGUUCUGGAGAAGGAUCGGCCGAGCUCGAUUUUGCCAGUGUUCAGCGAGGCAACCCCGAAAUGCAGAGAAGGGCUCAAGAAGUCAUCAAUGCAUGUACCGCGCUUGGUUCACACAACCCUAUCCUCUUUAUUCACGAUGUCGGCGCAGGAGGUCUAUCCAAUGCUCUGCCGGAACUCGCGAAAGACUCUGGUCUUGGUGCAGAAUUUGAGCUUCGAGACAUCGACUGUGCAGAUAAGAGUAUGAGCCCCCUCCAGAUAUGGUGCAAUGAGGCCCAGGAGCGGUAUGUUCUCGCGGUAGCACAGGAAGGUAUGAACAAGUUUCGGGCCAUUGCGAAACGAGAGCGAUGUGAAAUCUCGGUCGUGGGAAGAGCCACGAAGCGGCAGGUGUUGAAGCUCACAGACCGUGAUCACCCGGCAAAUGGCCAUGAUCAACAAGAUCCUAUCGACCUUCCAAUGGAUGUCCUCUUCGGGAAGCCGCCCAAGAUGACCCGUGAUGUAAACUCACGCAAACCAGACCUACCAGGCUUUGAUACUAGCUUGAGCUUGUAUGUCCCCCAAGCGUCGAUGAACGGUUUACUCCAAGAAGCAAUCGAUCGGGUGCUUCAGAUGCCUGCUGUCGGAUCCAAGUCUUUCUUGAUCACGAUCGGAGACCGAACUGUUGGUGGGCUCACAGCUAGAGAUCAAAUGGUCGGCCCCUGGCAGGUUCCUGUGGCGGAUGUGUCUGUUACAGCAACGUCACUCACCACUGGUAUCAAAAGUGGAGAGGCGAUGGCAAUGGGCGAGAAACCAACCAUUGCGUUGAUCUCCCCGGCAGCAUCUGCACGUAUGGCAGUGGCCGAAUCACUGAUGAAUCUCACUGCUGCAGACCUCCCGGAUCGUCUUCACCAAGUCAAGCUGUCCGCAAAUUGGAUGUCUGCAUCCACUCAUCCCGGCGAAGGAGCAGGGAUUUACGAAGCUGUGGAAGCUUUGGGCAUGGAUCUGUGCCCAAAGCUCGGUAUCUCGAUUCCGGUUGGGAAAGACUCCAUGUCCAUGAAGAUGAAAUGGGCGGACCCUCAGAGCAAGGAGGCAAAGGAAGUCACAAGUCCCUUAUCAGUCGUCAUAUCUGCCUUCGCGCCCGUCCUGGACAUCAGGAAGACGUGGACGCCGCAGCUCAAACGAUACAGCGAAGUUGGCGAAUCUACGCUCUUUUUCGUGGACUUGGGUCUCGCGCACCGUGCCCUGGGGGGAUCCGUCCUCACCCAAUCCUUCAAACAAAUUGGCGAUGAAGCACCCGACAUCCGCUCCGUGUCCUUGUUCAAGGACUUUUUCGACGCUACACAGCAACUGCACGAACAAGGCCUUGUGCUGGCUUACCACGACCGUUCUGACGGUGGCCUGUUCGUGACGCUGGCGGAGAUGUCAUUUGCAGGCCGCUGUGGCAUAGAAAUUAUGAUCAACGACAUCUGCCCAACGCCGCACACACCGGAUAUCAUAUCUACAUUAUUCAACGAAGAGUUGGGUGCGGUCUUCCAGGUUCGAAAAUCUGAUGAGAAUCGCUUCAAGGCCUGCUUUGCUACGUGCGGCCCACCUCCGGGUCUUAUCCACAAGAUCGGCCGCGUUUCGACCAAGUCGUCCUCUCAGAACAUGGCCAUCUAUCACGGUGGGAGACUAAUCUACCGUGCCACUCGCGGCCAAUUACAACAAAAAUGGUCCAACACGUCGUAUUGGCUUCAACGGCUUCGGGACAAUCCUUCCUGUGCGGACUCAGAAUACAAUACAAUCCUGGACGAUACUGAACCAGGACUGAGCUACAAUCUUCUCUUUGACCCCAAAGAGAACAUCAAUACAUAUAAGGCGUCCUUCCUCAAUUACAUGCGUCCCACGGCCCGACCGCGUGUCGCCAUCCUCCGAGAUCAAGGCACCAACGGCCACGCCGAGAUGGCAUUCGCUUUCGAAGCUGCCGGAUUCACCGCGAUAGAUGUCCACAUGUCCGACAUUCUGGACCCGAAACCGCACCAGUCACACCUCGGCAUCGAUCACGACCUCUCUUCCUUCGUGGGUCUCGCCCUCUGCGGCGGCUUUAGCUUUGGCGACUGUCUUGGUGCGGGUCAGGGAUGGGCCAAAUCGAUCCUCUUCCACCCGACAACACGUCGGAAGUUCCACACCUUUUUCGAGAGGAAAGACACCUUCACCUUGGGCGUUUGCAACGGGUGCCAGGUCCUCUCCAAGCUCAAAGAAUUGAUCCCGGGAGCGGAGAAAUGGCCCUCCUUCGAGAGGAACGAAUCCGAACAGUACGAGGCCCGAGUCUGCAUGGUCAAGGUGUCCGAUCCUCCGGCGGAAUCGGGCAUGGCGCCCAGCGUCUUCUUUCACGGCAUGAGCGGAUCUUCAUUUCCCAUCGCCGUCGCCCACGGCGAAGGUCGGGCCUCGUUCACCACCGACCUCCCCCCUUCGCAGACAGGAAGCAAGACCUGGGACGCCUCCCUCGCCCACGACUUCGCGCACGCCAACCUCGCACCCAUCCGGUACGUCGACAACAAAUCCCUGCAGCCCACGACGGCGUACCCAGCCAACCCCAACGGCAGUCCCGCCGGGAUUGCUGGCGUGCGCAGCCAGGACGGACGUGUGUUGGCGCUGAUGCCACACCCCGAACGCACCAUCUUGGCCGGCGUGGGCAGUUACAUCCCCGAGCACGCCAUGAGGGGAGAGAAAGACGGCUGGGGCGAGUGGGGCGAGUACGGGCCGUGGUUGAGACUGUUCCAGAGUGCGAGGAGACUCUAA